GCUUCACUAUAAAAACAGCGACGCUCCUAAAAGUCGUCUUACUUGGUGCUGAACAGCAUCGAGUCCGUUCCGGAGCUCGAUCUCGCCCGAUCGACAUGUAAAGUUUACGAGAUUCAAGCAUCCGAAGUGCAUCGUGAAACUCAAUCAGCAAACGUAGAAUUACUGGGAUCACUAUGUCGAAGAUAUACCAACUGUUCCUGACGAUAUAUUCGGUGCUCUUUACGCCAUCGAUCGCUCUACUGUUAUCGUGCCUGUAUCUCUAUCGCUGUGCAAUCGAUAUCAUCCUGAGGAUACAACUGAAAGGGAAGUACGUGGGUCUUCUCGACGGAGCGGACAGUAUUUGGGCCAUAGAGGAGCCCUCGGCUCUAUCCGUGAGCAACGUCCUCUUGAUUUUCGAGAAGGACGCUCGACACUCGAACACGAACUUCCUGGACAGCUUCAGGGAGCUGGUCAGGUCUCGCGUCCUCCCGUCGCUGCACGAGAAGCUUCUGUACAAAAGGAGGAAGAGGUUCGGCUACUAUUAUUGGGAGAGAAGCGAGGAGAUCGAUCUGAAGGAGCGAGUCAGGUGGCUGGAGUACGAGCGGACCAGCUGCGACGGCUCCUGCGACAACGUCUACAACGGCCAUUUGAAGAGGGUCCUGUGGAACGCCUGCAACCAGCCGCUUCCCGAGGAUCACGCGGCUUCCUGGGAGAUCCUGGUCGGCAAAUGCUGUCCGAGGUCCAGUCACCAUUAUCUCCGGAGGCUGGAGGAACGUUUGACCAGCAGAAUCAAGAUCCCCGUCCUCUUCAGGGUACACCAUUCCCUGGGCGACGGCAUGGCGCUGUUGAAGUUCUUCAAGGAAGUCAUCGUUGACAAGGAACCGAUGCAGGAGACGUCCGUGCACAUCGAGCCCAUGAGUUUCAGGAUCAAAAGCGAGGAAUUACGGAGGAACAACGGCUCGACCGCCGAAACCAAUGCAGGAAGGAUAAAUGUAGUGAAACCGACUCUGAUCGGGGAUAGGAGUCUGCAAUGCUCCCUGCAGAAAGACGUCAUGUCCGCUUCCAUGCCGUUCAUUCACUUCGUGCUGCUCACGCAGACCUUGAAGCUGAUGAUCGCGCGAUUCUCGCAGACGUUGAAGUUCCUGCGGACCGUCACUUUGGAGGAACUGAAGAGGGAGGUGAAGACGAUUGCCAGGAACGAGGGAGAGAGGAUGAAAGUCUUCUUUUCGGAACUGUGGAGGAAGAUGAGGAGGUGGACGAGAGUAGCCAGGAUCGUUAUCGGGAGUCCUGCUUGCUUGGUUGGACAGGCUUUCCGUAGCAUGGAUAACAGUGCGCUUCACGGAGCAGAAUUGACUGGCGAGAAGUACAUAUCCUACUGGCUGGAGGACGAUUUCAAGAACACCUGCGACCAGAGACUCUUCGCGAAGAUACAGAACAUCAAGAGCAUCACUGGCGCCAGAUUCGGUGACGUUCUACUGGCUGCUCUCUCCGUUAGCUUGCACAAAUACUUCAUUCGUGCGAGCGAACCUGUCCCGAAUUCGCUGAGCGUCGUUAUACCGGCGAAGAUAGAGGAAUGGAGCGAAGACCGGCCUCUGCAGAACAACAUUUCGGUCGGAAUACUGCCGCUCUGCAUUUCUCAGAUAAGCGGCAAAGCGUCCGCGAAUCCGAUCGAGAAUUCUCAGAUCUUGGAGCGACUCGAGGACGUUAGGAAAUCGCACGAUCGGCUGAAAAAGAGUUCGGACUACAUGGUGAACUUUCUGGUGAUGAAGUACCUGUCGGCUAUACUUCCCGAGAAGUUCAUGCGGCCGGUCCUCAAAAGUCACAGCACUCUGGUGUUCAGCAACCUGGUUGGUCCUCGGGAAGUCAAGGUCUUGGGGCAUUCGGUGAAGAAUAUCGCUUUCUGGAUACCGAACAGGAGUAACACGGGAAUCGGAUGUUCACUGCUAACUUAUCGAGGCUACCUGCACCUGUCUUUGAUCGCCGACAAGGCGCUGGUGCACAACGAGAAAGCUCUCACGCAGAUUCUGGAGAGCACCGUGCACGAGAUCGAGAACCUCUACGACAGACUGACGCUGUCCUUCUUCUCGAAGAAACUCCGCAGGAGUAUGUCGACGCCCACGAAAAAAGGUACACAGCAAAGACACUGGAAACUAUGAAGACACAUUAGUAAUUGUUCAUUACGAUUUCAGCGAUCGGUGUGUUGUAAAUUUGUGGAGAGCGAAGUCUUCACGACCGUGACUUUUUUAUUGCGCGAGUGCACUGUGUCGUCUCUGUGUGAAAGAUUUUCUAUUGUAAGCGAAAGGGUUUUAUAACGAACAAAAAAAAGAGAAACAGAAAAACAUGGAUAGUCAUAAGAUUAUUUCACCAUUAACGUCUUGUAAAUAAUCGCCCUGCUAUCGUAAUAUCCUUUCAGGCUCGAAGAUGUUUGAACUUACUUAUAUCUGCAAUGUCAACACUUUCGUCGUCUAAAACUGUAUUUCUAUCAACGUGUACAUGUAUCCUCUGCUAAAUGUAUAGGUGUCCUUAGAAAACGCUGCGCGAAGGAAUCGGGUAAUCGGUUUGUAAAGAUUGUACAGUUGUAAUAUUAAAAAGAACCUGCGUACACGAGUUCUCCUU